GAAUCCAAAAUGCAAAUUUUCGUCAAAACCUUAACAGGCAAGACCAUUACGCUUGAUGUCGAACCCGUCGACACCAUUCAGAACAUCAAGGGCAAGAUCGAAGAUAAGGAAGGUAUCCCACCAGAUCAGCAACGCCUCAUCUUCGCCGGCAAGCAACUUGAGGAUGGCCGUGCCCUGUCCGACUACAACGUCCAGAAAGGAUCCACCCUGCAUCUGGUGCUGCGCCUCCGAGGUGGUCUACAGAUCUUUGUCAGAAUGUUAACCGGCAGAACCAUGGCCAUCGAUUGCGACGGACCCGAGGAAACGAUCGAAGCAUUCAAAGUCAAGAUUUCGGAAAGAUUUGAAGAAAUGCCACCGAACCAACUCCGCUUGAUCUUCGCCGGUAAACAGUUGGAAGAUGGACGCACCCUGCAGGAUUACAGCAUUAUCAAAGGAUCAACAGUUCACCUUGUGCUCAGGCUAAAAGGAGGGAUGCAGAUCUUCGUCAAGACUCUGACUGGAAAGACCAUCACUCUUGAGGUCGAACCUUCUGAUACCAUUGAAAAUGUUAAGGCUAAGAUCCAGGAUAAGGAAGGUAUUCCCCCAGAUCAACAGCGUCUGAUCUUCGCUGGUAAGCAGCUGGAAGACGGUCGUACCCUGUCGGACUACAACAUCCAGAAGGAGAGCACCCUUCACUUAGUCCUUCGUCUGCGUGGAGGUAUGCAGAUCUUCGUCAAGACUUUGACUGGAAAGACCAUCACCCUCGAGGUCGAGCCAUCUGAUACCAUUGAGAACGUCAAGGCUAAGAUCCAGGACAAGGAAGGUAUCCCUCCAGAUCAACAGCGUCUGAUCUUCGCUGGAAAGCAGCUUGAGGAUGGUCGUACCCUGUCUGACUACAACAUUCAGAAGGAGAGCACCCUUCAUUUGGUUCUUCGUCUGCGUGGAGGUAUGCAGAUCUUCGUCAAGACUCUGACAGGAAAGACCAUCACCCUCGAGGUCGAACCAUCCGAUACCAUUGAAAACGUCAAGGCUAAGAUCCAGGAUAAGGAAGGUAUUCCUCCAGAUCAACAGCGUCUGAUCUUCGCCGGUAAGCAGCUGGAGGAUGGUCGUACCCUGUCGGACUACAACAUUCAGAAGGAGAGUACUCUUCAUUUGGUCCUUCGUCUGCGUGGAGGUAUGCAGAUUUUCGUCAAGACUUUGACUGGAAAGACCAUCACCCUCGAGGUCGAACCAUCCGAUACCAUUGAAAACGUCAAGGCUAAGAUCCAGGACAAGGAAGGUAUCCCUCCAGAUCAACAGCGUCUGAUCUUCGCCGGUAAGCAGCUGGAGGAUGGUCGUACCCUGUCAGACUACAACAUUCAGAAGGAGAGUACUCUGCAUUUGGUCCUUCGUCUGCGUGGAGGUAUGCAGAUCUUCGUCAAGACUCUGACUGGAAAGACCAUCACUCUUGAGGUCGAACCUUCUGAUACCAUUGAAAACGUCAAGGCAAAGAUCCAGGACAAGGAAGGUAUCCCUCCAGAUCAACAGCGUCUGAUCUUCGCCGGUAAGCAGCUGGAAGACGGUCGUACCCUGUCUGACUACAACAUUCAGAAGGAGAGCACCCUUCAUUUGGUUCUUCGUCUGCGUGGAGGUAUGCAGAUCUUCGUCAAGACUCUGACUGGAAAGACCAUCACCCUCGAGGUCGAACCAUCCGAUACCAUUGAAAACGUCAAGGCUAAGAUCCAGGAUAAGGAAGGUAUUCCCCCAGAUCAACAGCGUCUGAUCUUCGCCGGUAAGCAGCUGGAGGAUGGUCGUACCCUGUCGGACUACAACAUUCAGAAGGAGAGUACUCUUCAUUUGGUCCUUCGUCUGCGAGGAGGUAUGCAGAUCUUUGUCAAGACUCUGACUGGAAAAACCAUUACUCUUGAGGUCGAACCUUCUGAUACCAUUGAGAACGUAAAGGCUAAAAUCCAGGAUAAGGAAGGUAUUCCCCCAGAUCAACAGCGUCUGAUCUUCGCCGGUAAGCAGCUGGAAGACGGUCGUACCCUGUCUGACUACAACAUCCAGAAGGAGAGCACCCUUCACUUAGUCCUUCGUCUGCGUGGAGGUAUGCAGAUCUUCGUCAAGACUUUGACUGGAAAGACCAUCACUCUUGAGGUCGAACCUUCUGAUACCAUUGAAAACGUCAAGGCAAAGAUCCAGGACAAGGAAGGUAUCCCUCCAGAUCAACAGCGUCUGAUCUUCGCCGGUAAGCAGCUGGAAGACGGUCGUACCCUGUCUGACUACAACAUUCAGAAGGAGAGCACCCUUCAUUUGGUUCUUCGUCUGCGUGGAGGUAUGCAGAUCUUCGUCAAGACUCUGACUGGAAAGACCAUCACUCUCGAAGUUGAGCCAUCCGAUACCAUCGAGAACGUCAAAGCUAAGAUCCAGGACAAGGAAGGUAUCCCUCCAGAUCAACAGCGUCUGAUCUUCGCCGGUAAGCAGCUGGAAGACGGUCGUACCCUGUCGGACUACAAUAUUCAGAAGGAGAGCACCCUUCAUCUGGUCCUUCGUCUACGUGGAGGUAUGCAGAUUUUCGUCAAAACUCUGACUGGAAAGACCAUCACCCUCGAGGUCGAACCAUCCGAUACCAUUGAAAACGUCAAGGCUAAGAUCCAGGACAAGGAAGGUAUUCCUCCAGAUCAACAGCGUCUGAUCUUUGCCGGAAAGCAGCUGGAAGACGGUCGUACCCUGUCUGACUACAACAUUCAGAAGGAGAGCACCCUUCAUUUAGUCCUUCGUCUGCGCGGUGGUAUGCAGAUCUUUGUCAAGACUCUGACCGGAAAGACCAUCACUCUUGAGGUCGAACCUUCUGAUACCAUUGAGAACGUCAAGGCUAAGAUCCAGGACAAGGAAGGUAUUCCCCCAGAUCAACAGCGUUUGAUCUUUGCUGGUAAGCAACUGGAAGAUGGUCGUACUCUGUCGGACUACAACAUUCAGAAGGAGAGCACUCUUCAUUUGGUCCUUCGUCUGCGUGGAGGUAUGCAGAUCUUCGUCAAGACUCUGACUGGAAAGACCAUCACUCUUGAGGUCGAACCUUCUGAUACCAUUGAGAACGUAAAGGCUAAAAUCCAGGAUAAGGAAGGUAUUCCUCCAGAUCAACAGCGUCUAAUCUUUGCUGGAAAGCAGUUGGAAGACGGUCGUACUCUUUCCGAUUACAACAUUCAGAAGGAGAGCACCCUGCAUUUGGUCCUUCGUCUGAGAGGAGGUAUGCAGAUCUUCGUCAAGACUUUGACUGGAAAGACCAUCACUCUUGAGGUCGAACCUUCUGAUACCAUUGAGAACGUCAAGGCUAAAAUCCAGGAUAAGGAAGGUAUUCCUCCAGAUCAACAGCGUCUAAUCUUUGCCGGAAAGCAGUUGGAAGACGGUCGUACUCUUUCCGAUUACAACAUCCAGAAGGAGAGCACCCUGCAUUUGGUUUUGAGACUGAGAGGUGGACAGUAAUCACUGAAAUUGAAUAAAACGAUUCAUGACUUAGAAAA